AUGACGACCAAGGGGCGUGGUGAACAUCUGUUCCGUGUUUCAGGUGUGACGAUGUCUGACGACAAAUACGAGCUGCUGAAGAAGAUCGGCGGGGGGUCAUAUGGAGUUGUGUACAAGGGCAGGAGACGGGACAAUAAAGACAAGGUGUGCGCCCUCAAGUACAUCCCCAAGAAUGUUACAGAGAAACACAUCAAGGAUGCUCGGAACGAGAUUCACAUCCUCAAGCGACUGAGGCAUCCACACAUUGUACAGAUGCUGGACAGCUUCGAGACAGACAAACAUAUCGUGCUUGUGUUCGAGUACGCUGUCAAGGAAUUGUUCAAGGCUAUGAGGUCAGAGCCCAAGGGGAAGUUCAAGGAAGAAAAGGUGCGCGAGAUCUCGUGCCAGAUCUGUUCUGGGUUGUACUACCUCCAUUCCGAGAAGGUGCUCCACAGAGACCUCAAACCACAGAACAUCCUCGUCACCCAGGGCAACAUAAUUAAGAUUUGUGACUUUGGAUUCGCGCGAAUGAUGGAAGAAAAAUACUAUGCCAGAACUAUCCAGGGGACGCUGAUCUACAUGGCACCGGAACUAUUUGGCCAUGAGGCGUUUGUCCACUAUACAGAGAAAGUGGACAUUUGGGCUCUUGGGUGCAUUAUAUACGAACUGUUUGUUGGUAAACGACUAUUCGAAACAAAGAGCUUGAAAGCUCUGUGUAAGCUGCAUCGUAAUGUAGAGCUCCCGAAGAAGAUGAGCAGCAAGCUGACGGACCUGCUUCAGAGGCUGCUGGUGUGUGACCAACACAGUCGACUCAACUGGCCCAAUAUUCUAAACCAUCCGUGGUUCAAGACUGGCAUACCUGUAUCAGAGGCAGACUUGGCCAGGGAAAGUCCAUACACUAAACCGGAAAUAGGCGUGAAGAAACGUCAGGAACAUCUUCGGAAGGUCCGAAUUAUCCGACACUCCAGAAGUAUGCGUCGGAGGAGACCAGAUGCUGGUAGAGUGAAAGGGCUUCAAGUUGAAUCUCGACCUGAUAAUCUCGAUACAAAGGAACGUGAAGCAGCAUCUGAGGCCGAUUAUCUUCAAGACAAGAACGAGGAUGCCUCAAGAACUGACAAUCUUGAUGUAAAGAAGACCCAAACUGCAUCGAGAACGGAACAUGUGACAAGUAGUGCCGUUUUCCUCGAGUACCAGAUAGAUGGGUGGCAUCUGGCACCGAUGUCGUUGACGCAGCUAAGGACGAUGUCGAUAUCGAUGUGUGGACGGGUUUGGGGAGGACGAUGACUUUGUGAUAUUGGAGGAAGCAAUGGCAGAGGUAGAUAUUGAUGACGAUGUAGAUGUUGUUGUGAUCAUUGGACUUGAGGAAGAGGAGGAGGAUGAGGAGGGACACUUUGGUCACGAGAAUGAAGAUGAAGAAGAUGACGAGGAUGGCGAUGAAGGUUCGGAGGACUGAGAUGAAACCCAUUUCGCAGCAAUUUAGCAUUUAGAAUUCAUAUUGAAUAUGAUGUCGAAAGUAUUGCUAUAUACACUGACGUACAAAGAGGAAAGUAGCAUCUCAUAGACAUUUAGAGUUGGACGAACAUGAAUACAUGACACGUUUUGUGGAUUCUAUUUUUUACUUUUUAUCACGACGUUUCAGAGCUAAUUCUUGCUCCUUAAUCAGGCGAAUGGCGCCUAGCUCUUUGGAACUAUUGUAAAAAUACGAAUCAACGUAGAAUUGUUUUAAAUAAUACCCUAAAAAACAAGGUGUCCUUUCCCUUGAAUGUCAGCUGUAUAAGUUGUCAAUUUCAAUGUAUGUCAUUCCAUUCAUGAAGUGAAUGCUCGCGGCGCAAUAUUAUCAUUACCAAGGUCUUUUGGAUGUGUAUGUACUCAAAUGUCAUUCUCAUCUCCCUUAGGAGUAUACAUUUUUACAUUGUAUUAUCGCCAAACAUGCAGGUGUUAGAAUACUGACUGAACAUGUUACUCAAACUGAAGAUUUAGUACAACCAACAAUCAUACCCAACCUUGUAUCUUUUUUAUGUAUAGCAGUAAAAGAUGUUACUCUUUGCUUCACUUAUCGCGUUCCUUUAUUUAUUUAUCACUAUAGCAACAGUCCCGUAAAGAAGUUAGGGUAUAGCUGAACCCUGCUUUGAAUAGUAUUUCAGCUGUCACGGUGAUCCAGCUUGAUGUGGAAAGAGACCGGAAUAACGCAGGUCUAACAAUUUUACAGCUAUGACCAAACCACCAGAAACCAUCUAAGGUAUCAUAUGCCCCUCAGGCAAAACAGUUCUAGAGUGACAACAAGUCACAACAUAAAGCCGGCGUCCGAUCAAGUUCAAGCGUGCCCCUGCGUGGGUGAGUAAGUAUGGUUUUACGCCGCUUUUAGAAAUGUUCCACCAAUAUAUAUCAUGGCGGGAGACACCCGAAAUGGGCUUCAAUCACUGUACCCAUGUGGGGAAUCAGACGCGAGUCUUCGGCGUGACGAGCGAACGUUUUAACCACUAGGCUACCCCUCUGCUCCGUACCCCUGCGUGAAGACGUUUCUCGGCACGGAUAUGGUGUUAACAGACAUAACCUGGUAGAAGCGACAUUCGAAUCCCCGGUUGUAGGUUUCUGGCACGUAUAAAGAGAAUUCUGUCAGAGAGACAGUACUUAAAUCAUAAUAUAAUGUUUACAAUGCAAAUAUUUACAAAAUCAAACACUAACGUCUUCCCAUCAAAAGAUUAUUGUUCCGUAACCUUUAAUAGAAUACGUAUUGUGUUCAUAAAACGAAAACAAACAUUAGUGUCUCUGAUAGUUCACUGUUUAAUGUUGAGACGGGAUGGGGUCAUGUAUGUACAAUUUUAUGCGGCGUUUGUGACAUUACUAAUUCUAGUUGUAUGUUUAUAGAAUUCUCUUGUUUGUUUGUGUGUUAAUUGCUCUAGACAAUACGACGGCGCUCCUUUUAAUGAUCUUUUCUGAACCAGACAAUCCAGGGAUCGAUGUUACAGGCAUCGAUUCACGCCGGUAGGAUACCAGGCUAUCAUUGUGAAUGAGUUUAGACUUACGCCGCUUUUAGCAAUAUUGCAGCAAUAUUACGGCCUGGGACACCGGAAAUGGGCUUCACACACUGUACCCAGGCUAUCAAUGUUAGUAACAUAGUCGAACCACCCGUUAUAUUAAGUCGCCCGGUCCUUGCAAUACGUAUAGGUUGCUUUGGAAUAAAUUCUAUUUCGAAAUUCCAGCUAAUCGUUUAGGACUUAACAAGCAAGUGAUUGAUAUCGUGAGCAUCGUUGUUGUACGAUGACAUGCAUCAACCACAAUCAACUAGGAUGAUUAUUAAUUAUUAGUUCUGGUUUUGUAUACUUUUAAGUCCCAAACAUAUUAAUUAUUGCUCGUCAAAUCAACUAAACACAACAAUACCUGAAGGUAUUAUACUUGUACACCUUGAAAAUGCGUGUUCGCAGUUUUGUAUAAUUUCAAUAAAAUUUUGAUUAUUUCUGAAUGUUCAGGCGUUGGUCUUAUUCCUGUACAUCUUGAAAAUGCGUAUUCAUUUCGCAAAAUGACCACAAAAUAAUACUGAGCAAACAAAGUUAAGGAACGUAAAUAUCUAAGGUGAUAUUUUUGUUGAUAAGAUCGACACCAUUUCAUAAAAUUAUAAACCUGAUUUUUCUGCUCAGUAUACAAUUGUUACGGUCAGGUAGAUUUUGUACGUUCUUUGUUUUGAUUUCAAUAAAAUUUAUUAUGAUCAUUUGUAAA